CUGCGAUUUUUAGACAAGCGCCGCUGGUUGUGGGGCUUUAUCUAGUUUGGGAUAGCAAGGGAUGAAUUUCCAGGGAUACAGAGAAAGUCCAGAGCUUUGGGGGAAGGCUCUUUUUACACGGCAUGCAGCGUGAUGUCUUCUUGCACACUGCAGGCACUUAAUAAGUACAUUCGAUUGAAUUUCCAGCCCUUAAUUUUGGAGUGGGAGAAAUGACUCCUGGGUCCCGGGUGAGGGUCUCCACGGCCCUGACUUCGCUACAGACAGAGUCCAUUCCAAAGGAGGCGGAAGAAGUGUAAAGCGGCCGUGGGAGCCGAGGACACGCGGGUGGGAGAACGGAAGCGUGCUGGGGGGCGUGAGGGAGGAAGGCCGGAGCGCGGGUCACGGGCGCACAGCGGGCCGCCGCGUCCCGGGCCCUAGAAGUCCCCACGGCAGCUUCAGCCAGCCGCCGGUUGUCAUGGUGACGGCUGGAUCGGCGGCUGCUCGCCGGAGUAACAAAGCCGUCUGCUUCUCCUCCUCUCCAGGGCUCCGCCUCCUGCCUCCACCUCCACCCCCCCCCCCCAACCCCGGAUUGCCGCGGCUGGAGCAGGCACCGGGCUUGUAGGGCUGCAGCCGCGGCGUCCCCACGGCCACGGCCACGGCCGUCCGAGCAAGAUCUACGUGUUACUAGUUGGAAUAAUUCAUUAGCAGAAUUACUCAUUACUUGACAAAUCAGAGCACAGUUGGAUUUUGGAGGGGUGACUUGUAAAAGGCUACAUUUUCGGGCAUGCCAUUGAAGCACUGGUCAAACAAGGCCCUUGGUCAUUCACUGCUGGAAGUAGCAGUUUCAGGGACUCUUCUCCAUGGAGUGUUUCAAAAUAUCAGAAAUCUUCACGUUGCCUUUUUCCACCUAAGUCUGGGCAACAAAGACGUAUGCAGAAGCUGAGAAUGAACGUGCAAACCCAGCUUGAUUUGAAUGGUGUGAUGCUCUCAGGGAUCCCCUAAGCGUCCCUUAGAAAAGCCCUGCUGGUGGAGAAGGCCGCCGAAGACAGCCCAACGAUGACCAGCCAGCCUCCAGAGGAUGCCGCCGAGUCCCCCGUCUCUGAUGAGCUCGAGUGCAAGAUCUGCUACAACCGCUACAACCUGAGGCAGAGGAAACCCAAAGUCCUGGAAUGUUGUCACCGCGUUUGUGCCAAAUGCCUUUACAAGAUCAUCGACUUUGGAGACUCCCCCCAGGGCGUCAUCGUGUGUCCUUUCUGCAGGUUUGAGACCUGCCUGCCUGACGACGAGGUUAACAGCCUCCCUGACGACAACAACAUCCUGGUGAACUUGACUUGUGGAGCAAAGGGGAAGAAAUGCCUGCCAGACAAUCCCACGGAGCUCUUGCUGACCCCCAAAAGGCUGGCCUCCCUGGUCAGUCCCUCCCACACUUCCUCCAACUGCCUGGUGAUCACCAUCAUGGAGGUCCAGAGAGAAAGCCCCCAGUCUCUGAGCUCAACUCCCGUGGUGGAGUUUUACAGACCCACCAGCUUUGACUCUGUGGCUACCGUGUCCCACAACUGGACAGUGUGGAACUGUACCUCUCUGCUCUUCCAGACAUCAAUCCGAGUCUUAGUUUGGUUGCUCGGGUUGCUAUAUUUCAGUUCCUUGCCCUUAGGGAUCUACUUACUGGUCUCAAAAAAAGUCACCCUUGGAGUUGUCUUUGUCAGCCUUGUCCCUUCGAGCCUUGUUAUUCUUAUGGUGUAUGGUUUUUGCCAGUGUGUAUGCCAUGAAUUUUUAGACUGUAUGUCAUCACCUUCCUAAGAGAUGCUACAAAAAUGAGCAAUUUGAUAUGCUUUGCCAUGUUUGUAGUUUAAAUCAUUUAAAUUUUAUUUUAUUUCAUUUUUGGUGUUCUUAUUUAUGAUGUUUCUAAUAUUAAUUGGCAUGUUAAUUACA